GCAGCAUGGCUCGCUUGCUGGGCACCCUGCGCAGCUCCCAGCCCGUGGCUCGCUUCCAGCGCUCCUGCGGGCUCUUCCCCGCCGGCGAGGAGGGCGGAGGCAGCGGCGACCCCGCGGAGGGGCCCCGGGACCGCGGCGCCUGCAAUGGAGCGGGCGCACGGCGCUGCCCGGCUGGAGGGAGCGGCCCGCAGGGCUGCACACAGAAGUAUAUUGUGAAGAACUACUUCUACUACUACUUGUUCAGGUUUUCAGCUGCUUUGGGUGAAGAGAUUUUUUAUAUCACUUUCCUUCCAUUUACCUACUGGAAUAUAGACCACUCUGUGUCUAGAAGAAUGAUAAUUGUUUGGUCUAUAGUGAUGUACAUAGGCCAGGUCUCCAAGGACAUCCUGAAGUGGCCUCGGCCCCUGUCACCACCUGUCGUGAAGCUGGAGAUGAGGACGAAUGCAGAGUAUGGGAUGCCAUCCACCCACGCCAUGGCAGCUACAGCCAUCUCCUUCUCCUUUUUCAUUGCAACCAUGAACCAGUACAAGUAUCCAUUCGAGCUCGGCCUGGUAGCAGCGUUUGUGUUCUCGACAUUGGUGUGUCUGAGCAGGCUCUACACCGGGAUGCACACACUCCUGGAUGUGAUCGGAGGAGCACUGAUUUCAGCUGUGCUGCUCGUGCUCUUGUAUCCUGCGUGGGACACUAUAGAUCACUUGCUGUUAACCAGCCCCUUCUGCCCACUGUUUUCCAUAGCUGUGCCUCUUGUCUUAUGUUACAACUACCCCAAACUAGACUAUUACAGCCCGACCAGGGGAGACACCACUACGAUCUUAGGAGCAGCAGCCGGAGCAACUGUGGGAUUUUGGUUAAACAAUCAGUACGCUGCUUCAGCCUACACCAGCAAAAGUGUUCAGCCUGGAUUUCCUCUGAUCACCAGUACAAUGGUGUUUAUGCUAGCCAGGUUCUUCGUAGGGAUCUUGGUAGUCCUGCUGACACGCUGGCUCAUGAAGAGCGUGGUCCUUGGCGUGCUGGGCUAUCACUACAAGUUCCCCAUUCGUGACCUGGAAGCCCGGAGACGCCUGGAAGUCGAGGUGCCCUAUAAGUUUGUAACGUACUCCUCCGUCGGCUUCACGGCCACCGUGAUUGUGCCGCUGCUGCACCAGCUGCUGGGCCUGAUGUGAGCACAGCUCCUCCUCAGCGAGCCACCUGCGGCACCACCGCUUCGGAGAUGUGAUAAUCCACCCUGGUGACUUGACUAAAAAGUGUUUUGUGCCUUUCUGCACUGGUGUGGUGGGGUUGGCUCUGGCUGGAUGUCAGGUUCUCACCAGAGCUGCUCUAUCACUCCCCUCUCUCCAGGGAGAGAAAAUAUAAGGAGAGGAUCCUGGCUCGAGACAAGUGCAGGGAGAGAUCACUCAGCUGUUUUGCUGUCACAGGCAAAACAGACAUGACUCGGGGAAGUAAGUUUAAUUUAUUACCAAACUUAUCAGAGUAGGAUAAUAAGAAAUAAAACCAAACAUUACAACCACCUUCCACCUACCCCUCCUUUCUAGGUUCAACUUCCCUCCUGAAGUCUCUACCUCCUCCUACCCACCAUCACAGGGGGAUGGGAAUGGACAUUACAGUCAGUUCAUCACAUGUUGCUGCUGCUCCUUCCUGCUCAGGGGUAGGACCCCUCACACUUCUCCCCUGCCCCAGCAUGGGGUCCCUCCCACAGAAGACAGCUCUCCAAAAACGUCUCCAGUGUGAAUUCUUCCAUGGGAUGCACUUCUUCAUCCAGCGUGGGUCCCCUGAGGGAUCAAAAGUCCUGCCAGGAGCCUGUUUCAGUGUGGUCUUUAAACCCUUCUUAGGGCAUCACCCUGCAUCAGUGUGGAGCCCUCCACUGAUUGCAGGUGGAUCUCUGCUCCUCAUGGACCUCCAUGGGCUGCAGGGACACAGCUGUCUCACCACAGACUACACCAUGGGCUGCAGGAGAGUCUCUGCUCUGGCACCCAGAGCACCUCUUCCUCUUCCUUCUGUGAUCUUGGUAUCUGCAGAGUUGUUUCUUUCCCAUAUUUUCACUUCUCUGUCCACCUGCAGUUGUGCAGGUUUUCCCUCCCUUCUUAACUCUGUUAUGCCAGAGGUUAUGCCAUCACUGUCACUGAUGGGCUCAGCCUUGGCCAGCAGUGGCUCUGUCUGGAAGCCAGCUGGCAAUGGUUCUGUUGGACACAGGGGAAGCUUCUGGCACCUUCUGAGAGAAGUCACCCUUUUAGCUAUUACCAUUGCCCUUGCCACACAAAGAAACUGGCCUAAAAUAUCUGACUUGGAGGAGUCACGGGAAUUGCUGAGCACAGGUACCUUUGGCUUAGAAAUCACUGACCCCACUGUGUCCCAUAGUUAGAUACCCUUUCCCAAGCAACUAAAUAUGUCAAGUACACAGCCAAAAUCCCUGUCAGAGCAGUAGCAAUGGCUGUUUUGCUGUGGGGUUGGGGUUGCUAGGGAGCAGAUUGUGCCUCUGCCUGCCUGGCUGUGGGGCUGCUCCUGGAGGAGUAGAGCAAACCAAGGCAGGGCUCAGGUUUGGGGCACCAGGGAAAACGUGGCUGGUGGGGUGGGGGAAGAAGUGACCAGCCAAGAACAAAAUGUCAUCAUUGGGCAGAGCUCAUAGUGCCUUCUGAUGGCACUGCCAGACCAGGCCAGUGAUGUGUGGAUGUUUUUACUCAUUAUUACAAUUUAACAAAAAAAACCCCCAAAAUGUAAAAGAGAAGGAAAAGCUAACACAAAUUUUUUAUUGUGAUUUACAACAAAUUUACCUUAGAUGUUAAUAAGAAAGCCUCCACUAAAGGAUCCUUUGUCUACAAACAACUGAGCAGAGUUAUUAUCACAGCACUGAGGCUUGAGUUCAAACUGUUUAACUCUGAUUUAGUUCCCCUGGCUAGGGGAAAGGAAAAAGUCCUUCCUGUCAUGCAGGGGUGACAAGUAGAGUCCAUAAACUGCGUUGUGGAAGGAGCUGAGUAGUGACUCUGGUGACUACAGCGCGUGACAAUGAUAAGAUGCCAUCAUUUUCUGCUGCUGCACAACAUCACAGUUGGUCUUCCAUGCAUCCUGCAACACUGUGUGUACACUUGUAGAAUAGCAGGCAGGCGUGUCCACAGGAAGGUCAUCCCUAUAACUCAGGCUGCUUAUUUAAUAUAAUAUAUUUCAGCUGUUGGACCAAUGAGCUGUUGAGAAAUACAGCAGUGAAUGUGGUCUGCUUGGCUGGGAAAAUGCACCAUUCUGUUGCUGCAGAGCUUCAAGCCUGGCCCCUGUGCCUUGCCUGGCAGAAUGUACAGUGAGAGCCAGCUUUCUAACCAUGUCCACUUGUCUUCCUGGCUGCGAGGAAAAUGAACCUGAGUAAUGUAAAGGAGGUGCUUUGCCAUCCCUUGACUGCCUGGAUAAUCGUAAUUCCAAAACUGUAGCUGGGAGUUCUGUCUGAGCAGUGUGAGGCUUGCACAUGUUUCGAGCUGCACCACUCUAAACCAGGUUGCCAGUCUCCAGAAGAAAUGCAAGCAGAAAUUUUAACCAUUUUCAGAUUUGCUCAGGCUGUGGAUAAACUGUUCUGUAUCAGGUUGUGUGGACUUUCCAUGUGCAUGCAAACAGCUCCAGCGAGCCUUUCAGCAGGGCACACGGCCACUCACACCUGCCCCUGGGUGAGUGCUGGAUGUGGGCCAGCACAGCCAUGGGGUUCCACCCUCAGCCUCUCUCCCUCCCAUACACCACAGAAGUGCUGCCAUCAGGUUUAAAACACCUUUAAACCCCUUGUGUUAAGAGUGCUGCAUGAACACAGGUGCAGUGCACAACGGGAGCCCUGCAGAGGGGCCACAUCACAAAACUGGGAAAAAACUUGGCAGCAAGAUGAGCAUUUAAGCUGGGGAUUGAAAUUACUCCCAAGAAAGGCACAGUUUGUCAGGGACAUUCAUGCAGCUGUAUGUGUAAAAUUUCUGUUCUGAUUCACAGCUAUUUUAUGCUAUGAAGAUUUUAUAAAUUGUAUCUAAAUGCUUCACAAGUAUUUUUAUAAUAUCCACCUGUAUGCAAUUCAUGCAAUAAAUGCAAACUAUUUGGUUCAAAUUUUUAAAUAAACCUAUUUUUCAGA